GGGCAGACUAGCGAGCGAAGUUGAGUGUGAGACAACCAGUCUAGAGUAAGUCUGAUUUCAGGAUGGAUGCAAUACCUUGUUGUCUCAUAUUUGCGCUCGUGUUCUUUGGAACUGGGAUUCAGGAAAGCGAAGCCUUGCUAUGCUACUGCCAGCGCUGCCCCAACUCCACCUGCUCGACGGACGGCCUGUGCUACUCCUCCGUCACCAAGUCGGGCAACCAUCGCGGCAAGCAGCAGAGCUUCUGCCUGCGCGAGAACGAGCUGAUCCCCCGCGACAGGCCCUUCGUCUGCGCGCCCUCCACCAAGGACAACACCGGCAUCUACCCCAUGUGCUGCAACACCGACUUCUGCAACAAUGUCAGCAUCGACGUGCCCCCAGACCCAACCAUGAAGCCUCCCCCCCCUCUGGGUCCCGUUGCCCUGGCAGCGGUGAUCGCGGUGCCGGUGUGCGUGCUGUGCUUCGUGCUGGUGAUCGUCUUCUACAUCUGCCACAGCCGCUCGGUCCUCCACCACCGUGUGCCCAACGAGGAGGACCCCACCAUGGACCACCCCUACAUCAGCGUGGGCACCACCCUCAAGGACCUCAUCUACGACAUGACCACCUCCGGGUCCGGCUCAGGUCUGCCCCUGCUGGUGCAGCGGACCAUCGCCAGGACCAUCAUCCUUCAGGAGAGCAUCGGUAAGGGCCGCUUCGGCGAGGUGUGGCGUGGCAAGUGGCGCGGCGAGGAGGUGGCCGUCAAGAUCUUCUCGUCGCGCGAGGAGCGCUCCUGGUUCCGCGAGGCCGAGAUCUACCAGACUGUCAUGCUGCGCCACGAGAACAUCCUGGGAUUCAUCGCUGCCGACAACAAGGAUAACGGCACGUGGACGCAGCUGUGGCUGGUGUCGGACUACCAUGAGCACGGCUCGCUGUUUGACUACCUGAACAGAUACACCACGACGGUGGAGGGCAUGAUCAAGCUCUCCCUCUCCACGGCCAGCGGCCUCGCCCACCUGCACAUGGAGAUCGUCGGCACACAAGGCAAGCCAGCCAUCGCUCACCGCGACCUGAAGUCCAAGAACAUCCUGGUGAAGAAGAACGGGACGUGCUGCAUCGCCGACCUGGGGCUGGCCGUGCGCCACGACUCGGCCACCGACACCAUCGACAUCGCGCCCAACCACCGCGUCGGCACCAAGAGGUAUAUGGCCCCAGAGGUUCUAGACGACUCGAUAAACAUGAAGCACUUCGAGUCGUUCAAGAGGGCGGAUAUCUACGCCAUGGGCCUGGUCUUCUGGGAGAUCGCCAGCAGGUGCUCCAUCGGAGGUAUCCAUGAAGACUACCAGCUGCCGUACCACGACCUGGUGCAGUCGGACCCGUCGGUGGAGGAGAUGAAGAAGGUGGUGUGUGAACAGAAGCUGCGGCCCAACAUCCCCAACAGGUGGCAGAGCUGCGAGGCUCUGCGGCUGAUGGCUAAGAUCAUGCGGGAAUGCUGGUACGCCAAUGGGGCAGCACGGCUAACGGCCCUGCGCAUCAAGAAGACCCUCUCUCAGCUCAGCCACCAGGAGGGCAUCAAGAUGUAGACGCCAACCUGAGCCCCACAACCCCGCCCCACCAAACAUCCCACCAAACCAACCAAUCACAACCAACCAACCCAUCUGACCCCUACUCCUCCCCCAUGGUAUUUUAAGAGCCACAGACUCUGCCUGCAUCAUGUAAACACUUUCUGCUCAUUGUAAUUACCAUCAUGGUUUGUUUCGUAAGUCACCCUCCAGGUCAACAGAGGGCGCUCCAGUGCCCUGGUGGGUUGCCCACGACUGUAACUGGGCACCUGACUGGUUUAGCCUCCUGUUUUGGUGACCUGGAAUGAUGCUAUGGCAGAGAUCAUUGUGGACAUGGAGGGAAUAGAGGAGGGACGAUCAAGAAAGGAAAAAAAUUGUCAGACAUAAAUAGUGUCUUGGGCUUCAGUAUGCCCAUUGGCCGCUACUAGCGACCCUUCAACAGGUGUGAAACAGCCUUUUGUCUGUAUCCUUGUCUGUGAUUGGUGGCACCUUUAGCGGUGCCGAGGUGGAGCCGAGAUACGGGCCUCAAGGAUAGUCAGCUGUUGGUUCACUUUCGGUACAGUUUCCAUAGCUAGUAGCUGGCCCCCAUCAUACCGGACUGGCACACCAGACUGCCAAGGCAAACAGAGCUUGCUGGUCUCGAUGGUAGGGAUGUUGGAAGAAGUCAGGCAAAAAACGGACCCUUCUCCGGACGAACAGGGACCAGCCUGUUGAUAAUGCUGUUUCUUCAAAGACUCAAUGAGAGACUUUUUGUUGUUUCCAAUUUCUGUGUUUGUUUUGUCUUUGUUUCGUGGGAAAAAAAGAAUUGUGGAAUAUUUUGCACCUUUUUGUUUUCCCCCAUGCCUUUUAGCUCUUACAGUAUGUUACGGCUAUGGUCUUCAGGUCAGUAUUACCUAGUGUAACUUAUUUGUCAAACUUUGCUUUGUCAAACUUUGUUGUUUUUUUUCUCUCUCUCCCUCAAGCAAAACUGGACACGACCUCAUUCUCACCCUCAGCUAACAUGCUGUGACAUAUGCAAUAUAGAUAAAGCGUUAUCUAUUUUCUAUACAUGUAUGUAUAAGUACUGCUCUGCUAUGACUACAACAACUACCACCGCCAACAACAACUACUACAGCUACAACACCACAACCAUGCCUUCCAAACCAGGUGUUAACCGGAAAGUGCCACUGCUCUAGAACCACCCACCCCUCCAACCAACCCAUGCUGCCUAAGAGGCCCUUUGCCCAUACACAGUAGAACGGUCUUUAGUCUUUAUGGGGACCUGCUCGUGAGUCCCCGUUUUAUGAGGACAUUCUAGCAGUCCCCGUAUGGCACGUCCAAGAGAAUGUGUAUAUUUGUGUGUGUAGGGAGAGAGGUGGGGUACGGGGUCUUCUCCAGACGGCCAGUUCCCCAGUGCCAUCUCCUGUCUGCGUCGUUGUCCUCUUCACCGGCGGUUGUGAGGAAGAGCGGCGUGAGUCUAUGCCUUCUGCUCCACCGAAGUCCACCUCCUCAGAACCCCUCCGUACAGACAUCACCUGCCCAGGUGUGUUAUCGGAGGGAGGACUGGUAUCUCAUCCCAACUGCUGCCAUUUGUAAGAGCAAGACCGGACCAAACACAGGACCUAGAGCAACAGCCCCAAGCUCUUGUCAUACCUACCCAUCAUGAACUCAACCUGAUGUAGGCUUGUUUUGGUUUGUUCUGCCUUUCUCUGUGUUUUUCCCCAACUGAAGCCAGAUUUGUCUGUAAUUGUGGGCUCCUUGUGGGAAGCAACAACAUCCGUGAUUGGCCGGCAUUGCCUGUGACUCACAAACAAGGCUUGUGAUUGGCUGGCAUGACUCACAGGAAAUUAAACCAUAUCCCUUCCCAUUGGGAAAUAUAGCACUUGAUUGACCAGCAACUUUACACAGCUUUAACUAGUUGUGUAGUGACCUGGAAAACGAGAUUCCUCAUAGGCCAACACCUUUUGAGUGCAAGGUCAUUUGUUUAGCAAAAGAAAGUUAGUCAUGGCAGCAUCACAAAGAUUAAUUUGUGGUUUUGACAGGAAAUGUCUUUCAUUAUUUUGUCAGGUGUAUAUUACCAAGCUCAUAAUGUUGGUAAAAAAGGGGUGAAGUGCAUCCAUUGAAAUAUAGCAAAUUAAUAUUUACUAAGCCAUAGUUUUUCCAACGUUUUGUGGCUACUUUUUUCUACCAGGAUUUACAUUUCUUUUUUGAAAAGAGUAACAAACUACUUCAUGUUUCAUUUGAGCAAGCCUUAAGGGACCAAUAGAGACAGGUUUGUUCAACGUUUUGUGGAAAUUGUAAUGUGUAAAAGGCAAAAUUCAAAUUCUACAAAGCAGGAAAAAAUGCAAAUGUAGCACCAGACAGUAGUUUAUAUUUUUCAGAGAUGACCCAUGUCUCAUAUCUGCUGAGAGUAUGUCUGGUCAUGUGCUCUUCGUGGAAUUCAUUCUUUUAGUGACAUCAGUUGCCUGCGGUUGUGUUUAUGUGUACAAAACAAUAGGCAGAGGUGCUCUCUCUGAUGGUAGAUUGUCUCCUCUGCCACAUGGUUUUGUUUUUGGUUGUAGGGCUGAGAAAAAUGUGAAGAGGUCAGUUUUUUUAUACAAGUCCACAAUUCAAUAUGAUCCCACGUUUGCCAUACAUCAGUUCUGUUUCAAAGCGGCACUUUAGCCUGAGAGUAUUGUUACUUUCUUUGUUUUUUUGUUUUGUUUUUUUCGACCAGUAAGAUUUCUGAAUGUCAGUGAUGUGACAGCGUUUUGUCUUUUGUCACAACAACAUUACACGUACAGUAUGUGUGCUUCGCCUUACACACUUCAGCCCUUAAAUAAGAAAACAAAAUGUCACCUGUCCAAACAAUUUGUCUGUUCCAUUCAGCAAUAAGUGCCCUUCCUGCCCCUGUCCGUGUGCUAAUAUGGAAUAAUCUGGUAGCAAGCAAAACUGAAGUUUUUCUUUUUCUAGCAUUUAGUCGUCAGAGGCACUGACUCUACGGGAACUGCGGAAAGCUGGCUUUGUCCAAGCUGUUCUGCAGGUUGCACACUAUUGGAUGUAUUGUACAUAUCCUCCCCAAAUGCAUGAUGAUGGAAGGAUGGCCUUCUCCCAGGUCUGAUUUAGUUUGUUUAUCUGUUUGUUUUGAUGUUUGGCAUGGCCCAUUGGUGCUGUGGGCUUCAGACCCUUUGGCCUUCUUGGCCCCAUCACUUUUCUCGUACGCGUUCAGAAAAAAAAGGCUUAUGUUUUGAAUCCACAAAGCAUUAAUUCAGCAUUACUUAACUUUUUAAAACACAGAUAUGUCUGUGUGCUCUGUUGAAAUCACAGAUAUUUGGAGUUUUUGAUUUUCGAAUACCAGGGAGACCCAGCCUUGUUGAUUCGGGCUGGGACUCUAUGCAAUACCAGUGGUCCCUGUUACAUGCUGAGUCAUUGUUAAUUAUUAUUUAAAAUCCUCAGUUAGCUAGGAUGUAUUUAGAAAAUAUGUGGAUAGGAAUAACUAUAUAAAUAAUUUGUAAAUGUUUUCUGUUUGUCCAUGUGGGAACACUUUUUGUACAGUUGGUUAGCAGAAAUCCUAUGAACAAAAAUGUUAAAAUCUAUCCUAAUUAUUUCAUAUAAAAGAGCAUUGUACAUAGCUGCUAUCAUGAAAUGAUGGAAUGAUCAUUUCACAGAAUUGAAAUGAAAUGAAAUGGAUUUAAAGGAUGAAGUAGGUGAGGGAUGGCUGAUGUACGUUGGGAAGGCUUCUUCCCAGACAAUGGGCAUCUCAGUCAGUUUCUGCAGAUGGUGGUCUCCGCUCUCAUGUUCUCAUGCCAGUCUAGACCAGGCCAACCAUCGUCUCUCUCGGUAAACGCAUUUCUACCUGAAGAGAAUCACCAGCAGCCUCUCUUUGUGUUUUCUUUUUUCUAAAUUCUUUCUUUUCUUUGCUCUGUCUUGUUUGCAAAAAUCUUCAAACGGUGGCUCACGAUGAAUUCAUCAGACACAUCCAGGUACUCUCUCUUUCUCUUUCUCUUUCUUUCUCUUUCUUCCCCUCUCUCUCUCUCUCUCUCUCUCUCUCUCUCUCUCUCUCUCUCUCUCUCUCUCUCUCUCUCUCUCUCUCUCUCUCUCGUCAGCAACAUGCAGGUAUUUCUACCAACCAACCAUCAGGGCGGCGACACACCAGCUAUGACUUAACCUACAAAUCCAACUGAGCACCUGAACACCUCUGGUUCCAUGCAAACAGUGGCUGUUGUGGGGGGAGAGCAGGUGGGGGGGCAACCGCAUGGCCUCCUUUCUGCGUUUCCCCCUAGCAUCCACAGUACUCUCCUCAUCGUAUGUACACUAGGUCGUUGCUUUGUCUCGAGCCUUAUCCUCUGACCCUGCCAAGAGGUAAAAGAGGUAUUACUAGCCUGCAGAGCUCAUUGGGCAGAACGCCGCCUGUGCUUGUUUGUUUGUUUUUCUGUAUUCUGUAUUCUAUCAACAAGCAGUUUUAGGAGGAGGUAUGUAAUGUGCCCUUUUGUUACCCAGACUUCCAAAAAAAAUGUUGGCAGUUUCAUUACCAGAUAUGCAAUUUGUGACAUGGGAUGCAUUAUGCAGCGUUUUUGUUUUUGGUGUUUCUCCAUAGCAGCAGUGCAGUGCAGCAACAGGCCCUGUUUUUUAGGGUGCUGCCUGACUUUUUAAGACACACACACACCAAAGCCAUGCCUGUUAUGAAAUUUCAAAUCGCUUUUGAAUGUGGCCAAUGCAAAUGGCUUGAGCUUCUUCCUGGAACGGAUGUGUGCCAUAGAGCAACAGCACAAUUAAAGCCCAGCUCGACAAGGUGUCAAAGGUCAUGGCACAUGCAGCGCAAAAGGGGACGUGGAUCCUUUAUGCAAAUCUGUACAGCAAAACCUCCUCAGAGCAUGAGGCAUUUUAUUUGCCUCGUGGACAACUACUGCAGCCAAUUAAAUCGCUUGCAGAAUCUAUGCUAAUCUACUAAACACUGUGACUUGGAGUUGGCCAGGAAUGCACGGGGCUUCACACAUACCAAAAAAGUACAUCACGAAAAAAAAGAAAUUAAGAAAGAAAGAAGCAGCAAUUUCGAUUUUUGAAGACUUGUGAAAACUGCCAGCUGAUUGGUAGUGCAGGACUUUUUUUGGUUAGUUUGGGUGACAAAAGGGUUCCAUUUCCCAGGGUGCUUUUCAGUUGCUCAACCGGCUGCUGUAUCGACAAUGUGGUGUCAAAAAGGCAGAAGAAAGCUUUAUCAUGUUUUUAUUUGGUGCCUACAUUUUGAGUACACAUGCAUUUUCAUAUUUUUUUAUUAUUCCACCUAGACUGAUGCACAGCAUGUGGGUUUUUGUUUUUUUCUAAUGUUUUGCAGCUCUUGCUUUUUCUAGUAAUUUAUUAAAAGCUGAAAAAAAGAUAAUGUAAUUAACUGGUUUUUAAGAAAAGGUCAUAAUCAACAGAAAAAAGUAUACCUCCUUUAAAGACCAAUGUUUUACCUCAAUGUAGCCUGUGUUUGAUUUUGUUUACCCUGCGUUUGCGAAAUUUAUGUUUGAAAACAAGGAAAAGCAAUGAAUUCUUUCGUCAGCGACAUUUGUGUUUGUGUCAAGUCUGUUUCUUCUCUCCAACCAUGAUCUUGUAUAUGACUUUUUAUUCUGUCUAAAUUGUAAGUGCUUAACUGAUGUCAGAUUUCUCCUUUACAAACACAGUCUCUCUCAAAGCUAUGUAUAAAAUGCCUUGUGUACUUUCUUUCUUUUAAGACUAUAUAUAUUAUACAUAUAUAAUGAAAGGAUAUGUAAUGAAAAACAAGCUUACUGAGAAGAUAGUUCCACUCGUAAAAAGGACUCCUCUCUAGAGGCGAUAUGUUAAUUGCGUUUUGAUUUGCCCCAUAGCACUAAACUUGAAGAACCCUGAACAGUGACUAAGAAACACCUUUGCUGUGGCUUUGGUGAUGGCGAAGUCAUCUGUAGCAUACACCCUUGGCUGCCCCUUCCAUCGGGGAAGGCAGAGCACUGCCAGGUGCACCAUAUACAGUAGCUGUGUGUUACGUGAUGGCGGGUCAGUGUGGUCGUGUGGCACACCUGUCCCACAAUGCUUAGCUGUGUCCAUGAAGGUGUUGCUCAGUAUCUGUACGGGGCUCUCCCUUCCCCAAACUUUUUUUUUUGUAUGGACAGUUCCUUGUUUGUUUUUUAUUUUUUAUUUCCUGUUGAAGAUGUAAAAAUGAACGAUCAACAUAGGAGUCUAGAAAGAGUGGCGUGGAUACUGGUACACUCUAACCUAGUGGACUAGAAAGUGGUGUGAAUAAAAUUCAUUCAAGUUUU